AUGGGUCGCACCCUACUUAUAGAACUGUCUGACGCCGGAUCUUCCACGGACAACAUGGAGUUGGUCAAUAAUACACUCGGCCAUAGGGCAAAUCUAUUGGCCCAACAAAGAUUGCAAUGCUAUCGUGGAUGUGCAACGAUAGAAAUACGUCAUCUGGGUUUUGAGAGUGAAGUUGUCCUCGGAUCAAGGCCACUAGACCAAGGUAACAUAAAGAGACUGCUAAAUAUUUUCCAUCUUGAAGGAUGUGCCAAUCUGGAACCUGAGAACCGUGUGGCUGCUAUUAUCAGCGAGCAAACUCUGCAGAGCAGCCUUGUACAUACAGGCAUCACCCGCGAAGCCCUUUUUAAUCGUAUAAAUCCGCCUAAUUUGUUGUUCGCCGAGCCCAUCCAACUACUAUGCGUCUAUGGAAAGCAUCGGCUGAAGGCUGGGGAAGCCUUUGGAGAAGAUCGGUGGUUGGUGGACCUAUACCUACAUGAAAUCUCCACCGAUGCAUUGGCUCAGCUCCGCGAAGAAUCUACAAAUGCGCAGUGUUUCAAGGACGGAGAGAUCUAUCGCAUUCUGCGGCAGUAUCAGCUUUUGCAUAAUACUGCCCAGGAACAGAAGUGGUGGGCAAGAUUCAAAUCUGAGGAGCGUCGAAAGGACAUUCGUCGACUGCAACGAAACAAGCUUCUCUGUGAGGGCUUUGAUAGAUUGCUGCCCUAUAUCGGUCUUUGGGAUCCUUUGAGGACCUCCCAAGUGGAGAGAAUUCUUUGGCUUCGGUGUCACGAAUCCAUUUACAACUACCUCUGCCAGAUCCAUCGGACAUGGUCCCUUCUCUUCUCAGAGGACACUGCGUACCUGGUGGACUCGACGUCCGUGCGGCUCGUGGAGGGCUUAAUGCCAUCGUAUUCACUUGAAGACCGAAAUCAUCUCAGUGAGCUUAUGCGCACGGAGAGAAUAUUCCCUCUCAUAACCGGGGAAGGGGAAAGAGAGACUCUACAAAACAAAUUGAUUAAGAUUUCGGGAAGAAUACUGUCCAUUAACACUCUCGUCCAAGAUACUUUAUAUCUAGAACGGCCAGUAAAGGCAUUUCGCAGUCUGCUUCCUCGGAAAUUUAAGGGAACUGUAAGGCAGGCGCUGCUUGAACGCUGGAAGUUGGACAACUUGGACAGGGCAAGCGCAGUCCAGAUGUCGGAGCAUAGUUUUGAAGAAGCACCAACGUCUGUCAAUCUGUUUUCACUUGGCAUGACACAGCUUUGGUUAUUCACUCUCAGACACUUUGUCAAACCGCACAUCGAUGCCAAAUGUAACCAGUUGGCAACAUCGUGGUCCACCGAAAGGCGCAGCCUUGGUAAAAUGGCAAUACUGGCUCGGCAGCUUGGGUUUUCGUCAACCGAGAUUAAUAUGCUCCGGCGAGAAGACUUUGAGCGCGCCGAUUCUGAUCGAAUUUUACGGGCUAUCUGCACAGAGGAUUUUUAUCAGAUUGACGAAGCCAAGCUUAAGGUGAUGACGAAUAGUUUAAAAGACUUUUGGCGCCACCUGUCACGUAUGAAAGAAGUACAGUCGCAGAUACCGGAUUUCGCUACGGACAAGGUAGAGCAAAUGUCACGUCGCAGAAGUAAUUGUCCGCUAUGGGAUGAGCAUCAGCGCGAUCGCUCACAUCUAUUUAUCGAGCAUAUAUACAGCGCUGACCAGCCAUGCGCACGAUAUCCGACUUCGUUUGCUGUUACAAGAGAGAUAUUUUUCUCCUUUUUUGGAAAGCAUCCUCUCUACGACAUUUUUGCGAAAGCGCCAGCGCCAGCGCCAGAACAAACCAUACCAGCCUCCGACCCAGAUGAGCAGCCUAGUAGCGAGAGUGAACAACCCCAUGACCAAAUUGCGGAUGAGAGUCCAAUCGAACUCCUCCCUCAUCCACCAGGAACUCCAGAUCGCCUCAGAGAGGAGCUUAAUUCAAGGCAAACAGCUUCUCUGGUCCAUGACAUGGAGGGAGUGGAGCAGGAUGUACCUCUGGCGGCAGGGUUUGAGGACAUCAUCUGCAAGGCUCCACUGGAAACUAGGGCAGACAUCUGCGUGCAUAGGAAAGUCGCAGAAAUUCUCCAGAUGUGGUAUGCCUCGUGCAAUACAAGCUUGGUCGUCCUCUUUCUUUUUGAAUCCCGCAGGUACUACAAAUUCCAUGCCGAGGAUGGGUUGGCCUUACGUUCCGUGCUCCAAGAUCUCUCGAGAGAGCAUUACUUUCUAAUAAUCAACGACUACGGGGUCGGGGCUCCGGAUUUGAACAAAGUUUGUGAGGUCGCUUUGGCUGAACGCCUCGUCCUGGUUGGGAAAAAAGACAACCCAAGCCAAGGCAUCCAAGACGAACAAGGACGGAUUUCCGUGGAUAAACUACGUGACUACGUUAUAAAGUAUGACGUACGUACUGGGAAGCGGAGAGCAGAGAUCAUUUCCGACAGGCCAGCAAAACGCCAUGUUCCGAAGUCUUGA